AUGACCAUCUACACCUCCCACGUCCCCGCCCCGGAGCUCCCCGAGCUCUCCGUCUUCAGCUACCUCUUCCCCUCCCGCCCGGGCCAGUCGCCCAUCCCUGAAUCCGCCCGCGACCCAAACUUGGUCAUGUACAUUGAUGGCCUGACCGGUCGGGAGCUCAAGCGCGGCGAGAUCGAGGACGGUGCGCUCCGCGUUGCCACUGGCCUGAAGCAGAGGGGUGUGAAGAGGGGCGACACGGCCAUGAUCUUCAGUCCGAACAGCCUUGACUGGGUUGUGGCCGCUUAUGCGCUGCAGGCUGCUGGCGUCACUGCCUCGCCCGCCAACGUCGCUUAUGGCCCCCGCGAGCUCGCGCACCAGUACAACGACUCUGGCUCGAGUGCCAUCUUCAUCCACCCCGCGCUGCUCCCUAUUCUGGCCGAGGCCAAGGGACACUUCAAGACCGCGCCCUCGGACGACCGGAUCAUCCUCCUGUGCCCCGACGCGCAGGCGCCCCAGAACACGCCGUACAAGACGCUGUACCAGAUCCGCGGCGAGCGCGCUAUCCCGGAGGAGUUCAACGGCGCCGACUCGCGCGAGACAGCGUGGCUGUGCUACUCCUCCGGCACGACUGGAUUGCCAAAGGGAGUCCAGACGAGCCACUACAACCUCACGUCCCAGCUGCAGGCCGUGAACCCCGUGUACCCAACUCUGGUCCCCGGGAAGGAUACGAUCCUCGGAGCCCUGCCGUUCAGCCACAUCUUCGGCCUCGCGACGCUGGUGACGCAACCCCUCACUUCCGGAGUGCCCGUCGUCGUCUUCCCGAAAUUCGACGAGAUCCCCGUCCUCUCCGGUAUCCAGAAAUACGGGAUCAGCUACGGCUGCGUCGUGCCGCCCAUCAUCCUUCUGCUCCUCCACUCCCAGAACACGGGCAAGUUUGACCUCACGUCGCUCAAGACACUGCAGUGUGGUGCUGCCCCCCUUUCCCCGGAACUCGCCGCCGCGUUUGAGAAAAAGUUCCCCCACUGCCGCGUGUCCCAGGGAUACGGACUCACCGAGACCACGCCGACGAUCACGUACGGCAAGCCGGAGGACAUGGAGGGGCGCAAGGGGUCUUGUGGCCGUCUGAUCCCGACGUACGAGGCCCGGUUGGUGCAGGAGGACGGCAGCGAUGCGCCGGAAGGAGGCAGGGGCGAGCUCUGGGUCCGCGGCCCCAGUGUCAUGACGAGGGGCUAUCACCGCAACCCCGAGGCGACGGCCAAGACGAUGAACGGCGACUGGUUCAUGACGGGCGACGUGGCGGUGCGCGACCCCGAGGGCUGGUACACCAUCGUCGACCGCGUCAAGGAGCUGAUCAAGUACAAGGGCUUCCAGGUGCCCCCCGCCGAACUCGAGGCGCUGCUGCUGACGCACCCCGACGUCGUGGACGCGGGCGUUGUAGGUGUCUGGGUCGAGGAACAGGCCACGGAGCUGCCGCGGGCAUACAUUGUCGCCCGCCCCGGUCUCAUCCCGGAGCAAGGCAGGGAGGAGGCCAGGAGCAAGUUUGGGAAGGAGAUCGCGGCGUGGGUCGCUGGUCGUGUCGCGCAGCACAAGAAGCUCCGCGGCGGCGUCAAGGUGAUUGACGCCAUUCCGAAGAGCCCCAGUGGCAAGAUUCUGAGGAAGGACCUGAGGGUUGUCGCACAGGAGGAGAUCAAGCGCGAGGGCCUGGGGGCCAAGGCGAAGCUGUAA